CGCCUUAGUUUGUUAUACACGCGUCUCUCUUGUGGGAAGGAAAACAAAUCGCAACAGAACCUCACAUCGUGCGCUGUAAUAAUAUGGUAUAUUGCGAAAUUACUUUUAAUGUGUCUGGAGUACGAACUGUAAUCAAGUCGAGGCAGCGCUCAAAGAGAGAGCCCCGCCAUAGAGGGCUCGGUGUAAACUGGGAAAGAGCAUUCAUGUCAAUUAUUAUGAGAGGUGCGCGGCAUUUCCUCUCGAGAUAAUAUGCACGUACACACAACACAGAACACAGAUCACUCUUGAUUAUGUAUAAAUAUAAUACUCACAGACGUUUUUGUUCAUCAAGGGACUAUACACGGUGGACUAAAACGAUCUCGCUGAUGCAUCAUGAACGGGUUGAACGGUCAUAGUAACGGCGAGAUGAACGGAGCCGGAGACAUCAUCACACAAAACCAGCAGCGAGGCUGGUGGACCAUAGGACUGAUCAACUCGCGGUACAAGUACCUCACCGCGGAAACCUUCGGCUUCAAGAUCAACGCUAACGGCACCAGCCUCAAGAAGAAACAGAUCUGGACCCUGGAACCCGCUCCCGGCAAAGCCGAUGACAGUAUGAUAUAUUUGAGGUCGCACCUGGACAAGUACCUCGCCGUGGACUCGUUCGGCAACGUGACCUGCGAGUCUGAUGAGAAGGAGACCGGGAGCAAGUUCCAGAUCAGUGUGUCGGAGGACGGGUCGGGGCGCUGGGCUCUGAAGAACGUGGAGCGAGGAUACUUCCUGGGCUCGAGCUCGGACAAGCUGACCUGCACCGCCAAGGUCCCCGGAGACGCCGAGCUGUGGCACGUGCAUCUGGCGGCCCGGCCUCAGAUGAACCUGCGUUCCAUCGGCCGUAAGCGGUUCGCUCACCUGUCCGAGUCCCUGGACGAGAUCCACGUGGACGCCAACGUGCCGUGGGGCGAGGACACGCUGUUCACGCUGGAGUUCCGCGCGGACGAGGGCGGCAAGUACGCCCUCCACACCUGCAACAACAAGUACCUCAGCGCGCCCGGGAAGUUGCUGGACACGUGCACCCCGGAGUGCCUGUUCAGCGCGGAGUACCACGCGGGCGCGCUGGCGCUCCGGGACGCGGCGGGGGCCUACCUCGCGCCCAUCGGCUCCAAGGCGGUGCUGAAGACUCGCUCCACGGCCGCCACGCGGGACGAGCUCUUCUCCCUGGAGGACAGCCUGCCGCAGGCCGCCUUCGUGGCCGCCCUCAACGACAAGCACGUGUCCGUCAAGCAAGGUGUGGACGUGACGGCCAACCAGGACGAGAUCUCCUCCCACGAGACCUUCCAGUUGGAGUUCGACUGGGGCACCAAGCGCUGGUACAUCCGCACCAUGCAGGACCGGUACUGGACCCUGGAGACGGGCGGCGGCAUACAGGCCAGCGGCGACAACAAGUCGUCCAACGCGCUGUUCGAGCUGUCGUGGCAGGGCGACGGCGCGGUGUCGUUCCGCGCCAACAACGGGAAGUACGUCCUCACCAAGCGCUCCGGACACCUGUACGCCAGCGCCGACACCGUCGACGACAACUGCAAGUACUACUUCUAUCUCAUCAACAGACCGAUCCUGGUGCUGAAGUGCGAGCAAGGGUUCGUGGGCCCCAAGGGCGUCCGCCUGGAGUGCAACAAGGCCAACUACGAGACCAUACAGGUCAUCCGCGGACCCAAGGGAGCCGUCUACUUCAAGGGUCAGAACGGCAAGUACUGGCACGCGGACAGCGAGGCGGUGAGCUGCGACAGCGACUCGCCGCAGACCUUCUACCUGGAGCUGCGCGAGCCGACCCGCCUGGCCAUCCGGUCGGGGUCGGGCCAGUACCUCGCCGCCGCCAAGAACGGCAACUUCCGCCUGGCCGGGCCCGAGCUGGCGCACGCCACGCACUGGGAGUACUAGGCCGGGCCGCGCGGCGUCGGCGUGUAAUGCAUUUCGAUAGUAUUUAUUGUAUAUGGCGUCUAGUCCGCCUCACGUGCGGGGCGCGCCUGGCUUCGUUUAUCUAUAAGCUAAUUAAGUUAGUUUAAGUGAUACAGCGCCGUAGGAUCCGGCCGACUCCGCGCCGCUCCCUGGGGACGUCCGCUCCGAGCUUUUUGAACUGAGACGGCGUUUUUUACUAUUUUUACUAGUUUUUGUAUUCGGGACGCUCAGGACGCGAGCGGCGCCUGCGCGGGAGCGACGUCCGAGAUAUAAAUACGAACAAACAUUGUGCCGGUCCCGAACUCAUUGUACGAUAUCGUCUCUGUAAACUAUUAAUGAAUAAAUUAUAAUCCACUGUA